AUGGCUGUAGACACAAACCGUUCAUGUCCUCCAAUACCCAUUUGGAUAGAACUGUCUAAAGCACAAGAGCAAGUAGAACGUGGCAGCAGCCGCCCAACAUUAACAAGUGGAUCAAGUGAUACUGACUAUACAAUAAUAACUGCAACUUCCUCCAUUAGAACUUCACUUUCCCUUAGAGAUAAAAGAGAAAUAAUUCAACAGUAUGAACAAAGACCUGAAAAAACACCUGAUAUUGCUUCUGAAAUGGAGAAAUGGUAUGCAAUGACAGAUAGAUAUGGCUUCUUGAACACUCAACAGACUGAGGCAGACUCUAUACUCUUGAAAGAAAAGGAAAUAGAAAGGGCAGAGAAAUGGGCAGCGAUGUCCCAUAGAAUCCUUAUUGAUGGUGAAACAGCAUACACAUUCAGCUACUCUAGCAAAUUACGGAGGAGAGUAUACAAAGGUAUCCCUGACUGCUGGAGAAGGGACGUUUGGUAUUAUCUUGUGACAGAUGGUUUAAGAAGCGCAAAAGAAGAUUAUGCAUAUAAGAAGUCCUAUCAGGAAUUGCUCUUAAAGGAAUCACCACAUGAGAGACAGAUAGAUCUAGAUAUUCCUAGAACAUUAAGAGAUCACAUCAUGUUUAAGCAAAGAUACGGAUCAGGACAGCGAGCACUAUUUAAUGUUCUAAGAGCCUUUUCUAACUAUGAUGAAGAAGUUGGAUACUGCCAAGGGAUGACCAACAUAGUGGCGACCAUUUUGAUGUAUUGUGAUGAAGAGCGAGCAUUUUUGAUGCUGCGUCGUAUGUUUCUACGUGAUAAGCUGCAUGAUUUAUAUAUUCCUGGGUUUCCUACUCUUAUGGAAAGCUUUUUUAUACAAGAUAACUUGCUAAAGCGGUAUCGGCCGAGACUAUAUCAUCAUCUGAAUGAGCUAGGCUUAUCAAGUGACAUUUAUGCUACCAGAUGGUACAUAACUCUAUUUACAGGUGGUGUUGUUCAAUAUCAUACUCUUCUUCGUAUUUGGGAUAUCUAUUUUCUAUGUGGCUAUGAUAUCUUCUUCUUUGUGGUAAUAGCACUCCUAAAGGAAUAUGAAGGUCGAUUACUUUCUUCAGAUCUUGAUCAAUGCAUGGAAACAUUAGGCUCAGCCAUGUCAGUAUCCGAUGACGAUGUAUUUAUAAAAAAUGUUCAAAGACUAUACGAAAGAAGAAGUCAAGUUGUAAAGACACUUAGAAAAGCAUAUCAGGAAGCACAUUAG